AUGAUGCUGAUAGCGCUCACUUUGUCAAGCGGACUUAUCUAUGGGAUUUUAAGGACUUCGCUCGUGACUGUGAGAUUUCGAAGAGCCUUGGAUAACAGUUAUCCUGGUAAAGUUGAAGGUGAAGGACCUCCGUUCAUUCUGGCGGUAGCCAAUUUCCACUAUGCCAUCCGCUAUGUCCACGAAGUGUCGGAAGUGGUGUCCGUGUCAGCAAAGGAAGAAGAAUAUCAAUGUGGCGAGCAGCAGAAAACAAACGAACCAUCAACUCGAGCAGUAUUGCCUAAAAAAAUCAAAACUUUGGAGCGAAUUGCCGCCGUAUUCAGGGUGCUCCUAUCCGGGUUGCCAGGGUCAACACGUCACGUACUUAGUGAUGAACGCUUCGCAUUGUUUUUGUUGGAGCAGCGUACUCCGGAGAAUCGUUCCAACAUUUACAAGACGUCAUUCAUCGUUGCUCGGCAAGUGCAGACCGUGGAAUAUUUGCACUCAUGA